ACGGACGGAAGCUGGGAGGGAGCGGCAGCGGCGGCAGGAGGAUGCUGAGCCCCGAGCGGCUCUCGCUGCCGGGGCCCGAGUACCUCGCUCAAAGACAUGUCCUCACGUACAUGGAGGAUGCAGUGAGCCAGCUGCUGGAGAACAGAGAAGAUAUUAGUCAGUAUGGCAUUGCCAGGUUCUUCACUGAAUACUUUAACAGCGUGCGUCAAGGAACACACAUCUUGUUCCGUGAGUUCAGCUUUGUUCAGGCUACUCCUCAUAACAGGGCAUCUUUCCUUCGGACCUUCUGGAGGUGUUUCCGAACCGUGGGGAAGAAUGGAGGCAACUUUGAAUGCACUGAACAGAUGUAUUCUGAUAAAACCACAGCAUGCAAUCUCUUUGCUUCCAAGUAGUGUCAAGUGAUUUGGAAAGGCCCAGCAGCACCAUUAUGGAUUGAUAAGAGCUUGGAAGACAGUGCAAGGAAGGCAGAUGACUUCACUGGUUUUGAAGGAGUUUCAAAAUUUGUCAAGAUUUAAAGUUUUUUUGUUGAAAAGCAAAGUCCCAAUCCCAAAAUGUUUUCUCUCAGUCACGGAUUUGCUGACAGCACAGGAAUACCACUGCCUGCUGCAGCUGCUCUGCCCUGACUUCCCAAUGGAACUCACACAGAAAGCAGCAAGGAUUGUGCUGAUGGAUGAUGCUAUGGAUUGCCUGAUGUCUUUCUCUGAUUUCCUCUUUGCUUUCCAGAUCCAGUUCUACUACUCAGAGUUCCUGGAAAGUGUGGCUGCUAUUUAUCAAGACCUACUGGCUGGUAAGAAUCCAAAUACUGUGAUUGUGCCAACAUCAUCCUCUGGGCAACAUCGGCAGCGCCAGCCCCCAAAUGACUGCAGCCCACUUGACGGGGUAGAGGCAUCUCUCUUCUACCAGUGCCUAGAGUCCUUGUGUGACAGAUCAAAGUACAGCUGUCCACCUUCUGCUCUUGUGAAGGAAAUGCUGAGUAGUGCACAGAGACUGACCUUCUAUGGAUUCCUUAUGGCACUUGCGAAGGAUCAGGGGAUCAAUAGAGCUCUAGGAGCUUUGCCAGAUAAAGGAGACUUGUUUGUCGACCCUGCCAUGGACCAUGAACUUGAGAAAUUGGUAGCUCAGGUUUCAGGGCUUUCCAUCUCUGGUCCCACCAGCUCCAGUGGGGAUGCAGCCAAUUUGCCUGUGCGUAACUCCCCCCGGAUGAACUAUCCCUGGAAACCUCUCCACCAUCGGCGAAAAAUGGAUGCGGAGAGUGAAGGCUCCAACGAAGAAACAGACUCCUCUGAAAACUGAAGGUUGUGAGGGUGGGCACCGUUCCCAUCUUGGCCUUCUCCAGAACCCACUGGAGCAACAGCACCUCCUCCCAGAGCAUCUGCUCUGACGGUGGGUUCUGUCCACACCACCAGUGCGUGUGUGGCUGUGCCAGUCCCCUUUGCCAGGUCCACCCAUCUCAUUCCAGGAGGAACUCCGCCUUUUUCCUAGCUCCAAACUCAUGCAGGAGCUGCUCCCUUGCAGAAGCUAUUUCCAGCUGCAGGGUUAUGCUCCCCUCUGCUGGCAGGCAACACAAACCAGCACCCGCUCGCUCUGCCUCUGCUUGGGAGCACCGGGGCUCUCCCUCACGGUUCAGCAGUUACUGGAGCAGUGGGAGUGCUGGUGCAGGCUGCUUGCCAGUGUUGUGUUGUGUAGCUGUGCUCAGGCUUGGCUUAGACAAUAGAGGGGUUAAAUCACCAGUGGCAGCUUUGCAUUCCUGCUCCAUUAUAAUUAUUCCCAGUAAAGCUGCACCUGCAUGUGAUCAAAGGUAGAGAUACUCCUAGAAAAGAAGGGCUUUGCCAUUCCACCUCUGCUUUCUUCUCCAUGCAUCCAAGACUUGCCAAAGCAAAUACAGCAAAUAAGCUAGGCUGCAAUAAGUACUGCUUGGUGCUGCCUGUCUCCUCCUCUGCACUGAGUUCCCUUCUGUGAGGCCUCUAACAGCAUAUUAUUAAGGUCAUUUGGAAAAGCGAGCUUCAGAGGGGUUGGAAGAGACAAAGAGGGAGAAAAGUCUUUCAAUUCCUUGCCCCCAGGUUGUGUGGUCUGCAAACAUACAGGGCAUCUGCUGGGGCUGGGUGGGCUGAAGCACGAGGGGAGCUGGAAGCAGUUGUCAAAUGAGCCCUGGGUAUUUUUUUGUCAGUAGUGGCGUUGCAGCAUCAUACAUAUUGGCAUGUAACCCUCUACAACUACAGAGAGCAGCAGCAUCUCAGUGUGUUAAUGGCAACCAGUGCAGGCCUGAACGCUUGGUCGAGCCCUGCUGCUGUGCCUCAGCUUGCACAGACUCGCUCUUUGGGUAACUUUGGUUCCUCUUGGUUCUGUGGGAGCCUCCUCGCACCUCCUGUUCCUGGAACACUGCAGCGUGGGCCACCAGGAGCUGCAGCCCAACGCUGACAGCCAUCAGCUGAGCGCAUUCAACACACACUGCAGCUAUUUUCAGGCUACUGCGGAGCCUGUACCACAGCCGCGCUGUGGGGGUAACGGGACGGGUAAUUUAUUUAUUGUAAGUUAUUUAUUACCGCGCUCGCUAACUGCGCUUCCUCUCGCACCCUCCGGGCAAUAAAGCACAAGGCGUGA